GCCAUGGAUGGAUGUUGCAGUUUGGUCCAGUCAAGGUGAAAUGCCACAUUCACCCAGGACUGCUGACCUGCAAUGAGUGUGAACCAGGACUAGUUAAUGCUAAUCACUCCUCACAGGAUCCUGGAAGUUCCAUCGUGUCAUACAAGAAUGCCAAGACUCGAGAGAAAGCGAGGAAGAAAGAACUUCAGGCCAUGAAGAAGAAGUAUGCCCUAACUUCAUCAACAGGUGCACCAGUUACGAGUGGAGACUAUAAUGAUCGAGCUGAUAGAAGAAGAAGGGAAGUUGGUUCUGAUAAUCCUUAUGAAAAGACUGAAGUAGCAUCAACAGAAGUAGCAUUAAGAGACAACAACAAAGGAUUUGCACUGUUACAGAAGAUGGGAUGGUCUGAGGGUCAGAGCCUGGGUAAAUCACAGAAGGGCAUAAAACAACCAGUAAGGAAAACAGUUUAAGCUUAAAAUCAUUAU